AUUAAUGUGUGUGUGUUAUGUGUGUGUGUGGCCCGCGUUAGGGACUUUAACAUGGCCUCAUCUGAACUGCAGUGAUCAGGGUUUGAACUGUACAGUGGAAACAAAUAACUGUUUGGACAGUGGCUGGCUCUUAAAAAAUGAUUACACUCCCAGUCGUCCAGAGUCCCUGAACGUAUUAGUUGACACCAGGCUCAAUGAUGAAGGACACCUGCAGCCUGUACUGAUCGCUGACUGGAAGCUACAAGAUGAUGGCAGUAUCAGGUUCCUCACAGCCACUGAGCUUCAUGUACUGGUGCAGUCCACCAAUGAUAACAGAUGUAUUCGAUAUUCUCUCAAAGAAACACUCCCUCCAAGAAACAACGGAGAGAAGUGGUCGUUCUCAGCAAUGAUGGAGGUGAACCCUGGCCAGACUUACCAUCUCUCUGUCUUCAACAUCCCCAAACCAGAACAGGGCCACAGCCACUAUGACGUCAGCAAAGACAUCACUGUCCCUGGUUGCCGAGACCCUAAAAUGCAGAAGACCAAGUUCUGUAUAGACACAGGAAGUCUUUGGCAGUCUAACAUCAGUGUGGCUGCAGACAAAGCAACAUCUGCACUGGCAGUAAGCUUCAAUCCUGACAGACUCUGUGACCAGUACAUAGUUCUUGUUAAGUGCACCUCUACUGAGAGCAAAGCUAUCUCUAAGGGCAACCAAACCAGCCUCAAAGUGAUAUUCAGUCUUAAUAACUGGGAGAGAUCCUGCUGUCAGUUUGACGUUCAGAUCAAACCUAUUUUUCCAGACUGUGGCCAAGACUGCCGCCGCCAGAAGAAAACUUUGAGUAUUUGUCAUAAUCCGACAGCUCCACCAGCUCAACCAGAUGUCCCUGAUACCCCUCAAUGCACACUUGUUGCCUUGGGAGUGGUGUUUCUGUGUAUAGUGAUAGCAAUUAUUGCGUAUGCCCUCUGCAAGAAGUCAGGCAGACCAGUUGUUGCUCCAGUAUCUAUGGAAGAUAGGCUGCCGCAUCAGCUUCACCAGAGCCCCAAAGUGCUGGUGAUCUACUCUCAGGACCAUCAUCUCUACAGGGAUAUAGUGUUGAAGCUCUGCGCCUUUCUCCAGGCCAAGUGUGGCACGGAGGUGCUGGUAGACCUUCUGGACACCACUUCGGUCGGCAUGGUUGGUCGCCUCCGCUGGUUGGAAUGGCAACGACAACAGCUAAAAAAUCCUUUCGACAAAAUCCUGGUGCUGUGCUCACGAGGUGUACAGGCAAAGUGGAAGGCAAUGUGUGGUCACGGUCGGGUGACACUCAAGGAAGACAUCCUCUCCCCAACAGAUGACAUGCUAACCCCCUUUCUAAACCUCUUCCUACCAGACAUGCACGAGGCAGGCAAGCUUGGCAAGUACAUGGUGGCUUACUUCAAUGACAUCAGCACAGAACAAGAUGUGCCAUCAGUCUUUGACAUUGGUGUCAAAUACAAGCUCAUGAAGCAUUUUGAAGAGCUGUACUUCAGGAUCCUAGACAUCGAGAAGUAUCAGCCAGGUCAGGUUAAACAUAUCGAGGGCAUCGGUGGGGAUGAGUAUUUCAACUGUCCCUCAGGUGGAGCCUUGAAGAAAGCCAUCGAAACCUUCCAGGCCUACCAGUUGGAAAAUCCUGAUUGGUUUGAGAAGCAGUGUGUGGACAAUGAGGAGGAGAUCAUGACAGAGGCCGACCAACUCCUUGACCAGCUGCACAUCCCACCGGUCCUAGAGUGUCAUCCUCUAAUCAGAGACGGGCUUCCUGUCUACAUCCAAGAUAUAGAUAUAAAUGAAAAUGGGAACAGUGUUCAUAUCCUAACCCCCGAACUCAACCCACAGUGUCAGCUGUUGUCAGUGGCAGAACUUACACCAGUAGUGAAUCCGGAGAAUAAACAUCGGUAUCCAACAAACCUGGAUGAAGUGCUAACAGAUCAUCUGUAUCCUCACAGCCCCAGUCCACAAUCUGUCUAUAUAAGUGAUCCUCUUUUGAUCAAACCACCACCACCAAACCAGAAAUGGCUCUCUGUCAAUCAGGAACCCUCAUGUCAAAUUCCCAUUGAGCAUGAGGAAAAGGAUUCUCUACUGCUUCAGAGCCAACUGUCCACUCAGACAGACCACAGAAGCUCAGUCCAACAGAAUUCCCUGAACUCAAGCCCUCCUCAAUCCUCAUGGGAAAGUAUGCAGAGUAAUUAUCCCCCUCUGUCCGACAUCAGCUGCUCCCAGCCUGUGGAGAUGGAGGAGGACGAGGUUCUGGAGCCUGCUAGAAAGGGCCCUAGCAGUGGAUCUGAUCAAGGCUACAUCUCUAAAAUGCCUUCCCAGCAUGAACUUGCUUUCGAAGAGGAUAAACUGGCUCUGGCAAAGCUGCAGGAGGAGCUAUAUAAGCAGAAUAUCUAAUACUGUGUCUUUGGUCAUGAAGAAAAAUUGAUAUUCACAGUACGAAAUCAUGUCACCUGUGGCGUAGACUAGAGUAAUACAACUGCAGAUUGUUGAUGACUCUGUGUUUUCGUAUGCAUUGUUAUAUUGUUGGAUCAAAAGAGUAGAUUUAACUCAUAUCAAAAUGAUCAUGCCUUUGUAGAACAAAAAGUGGGACUGCUGUGUACAUAUGUAAUCUCCUUUCCCAUCAUUCAUUGUUUCUUUUAUUGUUAAUUCUCCGAAGCAAGGUUCUUACGGAAACUGCAUGAAGGGCUAGCAAGACACCCCUCAAGGAAUGUGCAGAUAUAAACUUUAAUCUGUGUAUGUCUUGACACCUCCCACAUUUUGAAUCAGCUGCAUUGAACAGCGGUUGGAGGAAUAGUGUUGUGCCUUACUCCCAGAGAGAUUACAUUUUGGGGUCAUUUCACCUCCGUUUUUCUGGAGCCAGCAUCUAGUGGUCACUAAAGGAACUGCAGCUGAAUGAACUUUGGAUUAAUUACCCAAACAGGAGGUGGCAAGGCUGGAUCAACAACCAGGGAAAACAACUGCAGCGGAGUUCCAGCUGGAAGCUCCAG